ACAGCAAGGAAACCCCCCAAAUGAUCUCUUACUGGGGGAUCCAGGACUCAAGGGUCUCAUCCAGGAUCUCCAAGAAGCCACAGGCUAUGGGACUGUCUCCUGUCUCCUGCAUGCCAGCAGACUCACAGGUACCAAGGAAGCAAAGAGGCCGAUUGCUGGCAGCGCUGAGAUGCUUGUGAUUCUAGCUCUAUGGAUAUAGCACGGGAGAUCCACAAUAUUAUCGUCAGACAAAGGGAGGAAGAGUUGGACGGCAGAAAUAACUAUCGCCUCUCAAUGCGUCGCCUCCCCCAAGACUGUUUGAACCUGCUAGAGAUUGCCCUGGUGUUAAAUACCAUGGGAUGCAUUCAAAGCCUUAGCUGCAAACCCAAGGUCUUCAGAGAGUCCAUCGCUGUCCUGGACGUCAAAGCCUCCAUCGACCCCACUCCCACCAGCAUCGACGAGUCGUCCAACGUGGUCCUCAGAUACCGGACGCCCCAUUUCCGAGCCUCUGCCCAAGUGUUAGUGCCUCCCGUUCCCGGGAAGGAGACCUGGAGAGUUGGUUGGAUCCAGGGCUGCAACCAGAUGGAGUUCUACAACCACUAUGGAGAGCUUGGCAUGUCCAGCUGGGAACUGCCAGACCUUGAGAAAGGUAAAAUCCCGGUUAUCAGCGACUCCGAUGGAGUGAACUACCCUUGGUACGGCAAUACCACAGAGACCUGCACCAUUACUGGACCCACCAAACGGGACACCAGGUUCAUUGUCAGCAUGAAUGAUAACUUCUACCCAAGUGUAACGUGGGCUGUCCCCGUCAACGAGGGGAAUGUACCCAAGUUGACGGCGAUCCACAGAGACCAGAGUUUUACCACUUGGCUGGUGGCCAUCAACAUGUCUACUGGUGAGCAUGUAAUCCUCCACACUAUAAAAUGGAGGAUGAAACUGGAAAUAAAAGUCGACCCAAACCUGCCCUUGGGGCAGAGAGCCAAGCUCUGUGAGCCUUUCACCCAAGAGUCGCCGCAGGUGCUUUCCAAAAACGAACCCAUACCGCCCAGCGCGCUUGUAAAACCCAACGCCAACGAUGCCCAGGUACUUAUGUGGAGGCCGAAGGAAGGACAGGCAGUUGUGGUCAUAGGCCCCAGGCACCAGCGGAUCAAAGAAGAUAAAACCAACAGGCUGCUCAAUGGACGACAUGAGUGAAUGCAAAA